AUGGCAGACUUUUUCUCUCUUCUUCCGGACACCCUCAUCAUUCUCAUCAUCUCUUCCCUCCCCUUCAAAGAGGCCGCCAGAACCUCCGUGCUCUCAAAGCGCUGGCGUCGCUUUUUUCACGAAACCAAAACCGUUGAUUUCGAUGAGACCCACUUCAUAAAAGAGAGCACUGAAGAAGACCAGAGCAAAAAAGACACCCAGAGAAGAGCAUUCCUCGAUUUCCUCAGUGAUUGGGUCCGAAACUCCACCGCACCCGUUUUGAACAAACUUCGCCUGGCAAUCUCCAACCCCCAGGACAGCGCCCUGCAAGUUAACAACUGCGUUAGAUUCGCAGUCGACCGAAAGGCGAAGAUUCUCGAACUGGACUUCUCGGAUCCAUCGUGGAAUGAAGAAAGUUUUGAAAACCACGAUGCCCUGUUCGAUUUACCACCCUUCGUUUACGAGCACGACACUCUGGAAUUUUUGAAGUUGUUCUCUUGCCAUUUCUUGUCUUCCGGGUUUGAAAAUUUCACUAGUCUCAAGUCGAUUUCUCUGGGUUGGAUUGAAUUGCCCAAUUCAUCUCUCGGGUCCCUGUUAUCCACAUGUAGAUUUCUAGAAAACUUGUCUUUGAAGAAGUGCUGGGGGUUGGAAUAUAUAAGUGUUUCAGCGCCGAGGCUUAAGAGUUUGGUGAUUGACAAGUGCUUGGACCUUGAGAAUGGGGUUUGGAUUAAUAGUAGAACAAAGUUGAGGGUCUUCAAGUACAUCGGGUUGUUGGUGAACGUUGAAAUUGAAUGCUGGAGAGACUUGGAGGAGGCAUACCUUGAUUAUGGCUUGGAGUCUAAUUUGCGGGAUUGCGGAGACGUGCUUUAUCAAACCCUUGACAACGUUUACUCCGUUAGCCAUCUUACCAUGUGCAGUUAUAUGCUUCAGGUUUACCAAGCAUUUUCUCUAUAUUUAAAUAGUCAUAAAUGA